AUGACGACAUCGGCAGCGAAUACAGCGGCAGUCUCCACAUUCAUUAGCACAACAUAUACUGAUACGUACGAGUAUAUCUCUCCAAAGAAAUUAGACCUCAGUGGAAAAUCGGUCUUCAUCACUGGAGCCUCUAAGGGCGUUGGGAGGGAGACAGCUCUUAGCUAUGCUAAAGCCGGCGCUUCCGGAAUCAUUGUCGGAGCCCGGUCGGAUUUGUCAAGUUUAGUGACCGAAAUCAAAGAAGCAGCAAAAACAGCCGGUCGCAAGACCGAACCGACGGUCCUCUCCCUGAAGCUCGAUGUCACAUCGGAAGACAGCGUCAAGGCCGCCGCAGACGCCAUCUCAACUAAAUUCGGAGGCAAGCUGGAUAUAUUGAUUAACAACGCUGGCUACCUCGAUGACUGGGCACCCAUUGCCGAGGCGAGCACGUACCACUGGUGGCAGACGUACGAAGUCAACGUGAAGGGAGUUUUCCUAUGUAGCAAGUAUUUCAUCCCGUUGCUCCUCGCAAGCGAGAUCAAGACCAAUAUCCUCACAUCGAGCGUGGGCGCCAUUGCGGUUUAUCCCUCCGCUUCGGCCUACCAAUCCAGCAAGUUCGCUGUCAGCCGACUUGCGGAAUACGUAGCAGCCGAGUACGCGGACCAAGGCCUAGUCUGCUACUCUCUCCAUCCCGGUGGCAUCAAGACGGAGCUGGCGACUAACAUGCCUAAGGAAGUGCAAGAUAAGGUUCUGACUGACGAAGUAGCGCUUCCGGCAGAUACGCUUGCAUGGCUGGGAGCUGAGAGGCGACCUUGGAUGAAUGGGAGGUUUAUUAAUGUCAAGUGGGAUAUGAAAGAGCUCGAGGCUAGAAAAGACGAGAUAGUUGAGAAAGAUUUGUUGACGUUUAGGUUGACGACUUCGGCUUGA